AUGGCUUCAGUGUUUAUAGACCUUUUAGAAGACUACCAAGUUGCUUCGAAGGUUGGAUAUAUGAUGACAGACAAUGCAGACAACAAUGAUACUAUGAUGGAGCACCUCUCAGCUGCUCUUCAGGAACAACACAAUCUCACCUACGAUCCUCUUCAUUACCGAUUGCGAUGCAAUGGACAUAUCAUCAACCUAGCUGCUCAAUCCUUUCUCUUCAAUACUGAAACUGAAACCCUCAAGCGAUUACUGGCGCACGUAUCUAUUACAUGCGUAAUAUCCUACACGACUUCCCUGACGAAAAAUGUAUCACAAUUCUGA